AUGUCGGGAAGUGUCAAGGUGUAUGUGGCGUGCACCUCCGUGCUGUAUCUGAAAUUCGCAGCGGCUACGAUGAUGCAGGGCUCGAAAAAGUUUGCCACUGGCGGACGUCCGCCCGAAGACUCGAAGUAUUCGUCCGCUAAACGCCAACAAACGUUUGGUCUGGAUACGACCAGCGAUACUAAAACUCGUGAAACUGCUCAGCGCUGGGGAAGUAUCGUGAUGAACGAUCUUGAGUCGAUUCCGUUUGGCCUUUUGGUGUUCGGCGCGGGCGUCAUGGCUGGAGCCGACUAUAACGUUCACUAUAGUGCGAUGAUUGCGUUCACGGCGGCCCGUUGUCUGCACACGUAUGCCUAUGCGAACUCGAAGCAGCCUCUGCGCUCGUUGUGCCACGGCGUGGGAAUGAUAGCUACGCUGGUGGGUCUGGGCAAUGCUGUUAGCGCCAUUGUUUAG